ACCACUGCCUCCAACUGAAGAGGUGUGUGCACGUGUGAGAGGGAGGGAUGGAGGAUGUGUGAAUGUAUGACAGGGAUGAUUUAGUGGAUAAGGAAGGAUAACGGAACUGAUUGGGUUUAAAUGAGUAAAGAUGGUAACUUAUAUAGGAAAUUACCGUACCUAUCUAUAUAAGUUACCGUACUUUUCUAUAUAAGUUACCAUCUUUACUCAUUUAAACCCAAUCAGUUCCGUUAUCCUUCCUUAUCCACUAAAUCAUCCCUGUCAUACAUUCACACAUCCUCCAUCCCUCCCUCUCACACGCGCACACAUCUCCUGAAUUGGAGGCAGCAGUGGGAUUUAAAAAAAAAGAUUUCCCCUGCCUGAGUUGAGUACCACAAAUUGGGCUCUCUUCAAUUGGUGGCAGCGGUGGGAUUCAAAAGGAUUCCAUCCCUGUCACCUCAGUCCUUUUCAAUUGGUGCCAAGCGGCGGGAUACGUUUAACAUCUCAAACUAAGUGCCUUGAGACCGCAUAGGAAGAAAUCGUGAGGUAAAAUUUAAGAAAAAUGGCUACUAGACUACAGAAGAAGUUAGCAGGAGAGGCUAGUGAAUACCAAGGAGAUAGUUCGGACUCUGAGCAAACCCCUGAGACAAGGGAAACCCUUAAAUAUAAAAUUGAAUUGAGAAAAUUAGAAUUGGAGGAUAAACAAAGAGAAAGAGAAAGAGAAAGGGAGGAUAAGCAAAGAGAGAGAGAAUGGGAGGAAAAACGAUGGGAACAAGAGAAGGAAUUGAAAAGAAUGCAGCUAGAGAAGGAUAAGGAAAUAGAACUGAAACGAUUGGAAUUGGAAAAAGAGAAAUUGGCACUGUCUCAACCACACAUUAUUAACCAAGAAGGGAAUGGUAGGACUGAAGCGUCUGGUCUACUUCUGAAGAGAUUCCCAAAGUUUAAUAAAGAUGAUGAUGUGGAGAUGCAGCGGAUUGAGCUCGCACCACUUUUGAAAAUGUCAUUGUGUCCAGGGGAUUCUUGGUGCCUAAUUGAUUAUAAGUGGUUCAAAAAGUGGCAGAGAUAUGUGGGUUUUGAAAGUUGGGACCUGUAUUAUGCAGGAAAACCUGAUCACUACCCAGGACCCAUUGACAACAUGAAACUUUUUGCAGAUUCAGAAACCCAGACUUUAAAGAUAUAUUGCAUUGAAGGAGUGGACUAUGAGGUGAUUCCUAUUGAGGCCUGGAAUAGGUUAGUCAAUUGGUAUGGCUGUACAGAGGGACAGAGACCAAUUGAGAGGAAAGUUGUGGAAUAUGGCGAAUAUUUUAAAUACUGUAGAGUGGAAGUUUAUCCUUUAGCGUGGAAGCUAUAUCAAAACAAUGACUCUACUGAUCAUAUAAGCUCUCAAUUUAAACAAGCAGAAGAUUCUGCUGAAGAUGGAGGAAUCGUAAAUCUCCAAAAGAAACUAUCUGAGUCACAGCUUGAGACUCAUUGCGUGGCUGAGGUAAAUGAGUCACCAGUGGUUGAGAUCCCUGUUCAACACCGUGGUGACACAGGAAUAGAGCAAGCUGAGGUAAUGGAGGAUUUAGAAGUGCCAGCCAUUGAUGAAGAUGAUUUGCUUGAGCACUCUAAAGAGAUGAAUGUUGGUAUAAGGAGUCAGAAGUUGGAGGAAGAUUGCAGUUGUUCAGGACAGACUUUACAGUCCAGUACUACAAAGGGCAGAAGUCUGGAUGCCUCUUCACAGUCUUCAACUGACUCUAUCUGCUCAGUAGUUACCACUUUGGUCACCACAAGUAUGGAGCAUGGUCAGCAGUUGUGGCCAGGAAAAAAUUUACCUCAGGAAACCACCAAAUUUAAUCCGGUUAAGUUGCUGUGUGCAGGAGAGCCUAAAGGACCGGUGGAAACCUGGAAGGAGGACAGAGCAGUGACCGGUACCUCAAAGAACACCAUUGUGAGAGGAAAGAAGAUGGACAUUUUGAGCCUGUGGGUCAUCGCCAAUCGCAGCGAAUCAAGAAGCAAGCGGAGAGUGUUUUUCAACGGAGAGAGUUCUGAGGACUUCAAUGCGGCAGAGAUUGGCAGUUUCAACUAUCAUCAGUUUACUUUCAAUGUUCCACAAAAGUGCUUGGACUAUGUUUCCCAGGACUUCUUAAAUGACUCUUGGAAGUUUCGCAAAAGACUUUUUGGGACAGAGGGAAUUCAUUGUGUUGCUGGGAAGGAUGAGUGUGGUCGUCCCCAACAACACGUUAACCUCUGGAAUGCUCCGCAGAGUGAAACGUUGAGGAACUGUACUAACUGGGCUGGAGAGGAAGAUUGCUAUGAGUUGAACAAAGUGUCUAAAAGAUGUUUUAGUCCAGUGUAUAAAUAAAGACUUGGGGGAUAACCCUGAAUGAAAAUUAAACUGUUACAAAUAUGAUUUAUGGAAAAUGUAUUUUUAAAAUGUCUUUUGAUUUGAGGUUGUGAAUCUUAACAAUGGGAAAGAUGACCAAUACGUUUAUGGUUUGUAUGUUGAAUUGUGACAAUGUCAUAACUGUAUGGUAAGAUAUGGACAUGUUAUGUGUAUAUGCAACAGUGAAGGUUUGUAUUUUAUGAUUUAUGUAUUGUAUCUAACUUUGUGUUUUAUUUCAGGAAUACUGUUAUAUAUGUAUAUAUGUAUGUACUAAUUAUUUUUGCCAUUCUAGGCAUAGAAAAUGCAAAAAUAAUCUUUCUAAGGGGGGAGGUGUAGAGAAGUUAUGUGUUAAACA